CCAACUUUUCCCAUAAAUCACAUCCUUCAACAAUACAAUAUAUAAAUAAUAAACAACCCUUUUCUUUAAGUUCAAGAUCUUUCAAAAAACACCUUGUUGGAUACUUUUCUACUUUUCACCUUAGCUACCCUCCUGCGCCGGUACUUUUAUCACCCUUACCCGUUCGUUACCCAUUCGUUACCCAUUCGUUACCCCAUCCAUACAUUUUCAUCUGCCUCGCCUCUAACCUCACCUUUUUGUGCAUCAACUCGUUUUUACCCCACGGCAAACCUUUCCAAUCUAUCAAGAUCCAACUUUGUCAACAUUGGAUAAGAUCACAAGUUGGCUCAAACUCAGCUCGGAAACUUCUCAUUGCUACCUUGGCGACACCACAACUGACUCCUCUCUUCUCUCCUUCGUCGCGACCCACCACAUGCGAGCCAAAAACAAGCAAGCAACCGUCUGGUGAAACUUUGCGACCAUGGAGCAACCCACUCUCGAUCAAGAGGUUACUCUAAAGCAAUUCCAACGUAUGUCCUAUGACGAGUACCAUCAACCAUAUUACCCUAUGCGACAACCUGGUGCGACAGUCUUUCCUUCCAAUCCGCUUUACUCCGCUCAAUAUAAAUUUCCAAAUAUGUACCCUCAAAGUCAAGCAUAUAAUGGAGAAAUGUCUCAAGAAGAGCCUUUCGAAGCUCAGGUCUUUUCGCAGCAGUUAAAUCUACAAUCACAAUCUUAUCAACCAUAUGUCUAUCAUCAAACAAUGGAUCUUCCGCAACAAUUUCCCCCUCAGCAAAACAUGAACCAAGGAUAUUCGAAUAUGAGAGCUGUCGCAGACCCAACUCCAAAUUACACGGAGAAAUCUCCCAGAAAGCGACAAAGAGUUAAUGAAUCCAAUGGACCUACUACAAAACGAUUUAUGCCUACAGUCACUCAACCAGCUGAAAUGGAUACAACCAGCGAAUGUUGUAGUUCUUGUCCAAGUGGUUCAUUAUGCGCCGAGUCGGAUUGUGAUGGAAAUGAUGUCGUUGUUGCUUGUACCUCACCAGAAUGCGAACAACCCGUUUGCACCUCACCAGAAUGUGAACAACCUGCCUAUACGGAACCUUGUGUUAGGGAUGGUGCUCUUAGCAGACGAUGUUCAGUUGUUGGAGAUAAUGAAACAUCUGACAAAAUGUUUCCAACUUGGGAUAAUUUUCUUGCAAUGUCGCGAGUAGAGCAACAACGACCUUCCUCAUUUCACACUUAUGCGCCUGGAUUACGAGACAACCAAGCUCAAGAAGAAAUAUCCCCUUCUCCUGUUCCAACAACACCAUCAUUGGUCUUGAACAUGGAAACACCUUAUUCAGAUAUAGCGGUCUCACAGGCUCCAGGACCUCCUAUGCAGCAAUUAACAAACAAUAUGUCUGUAUCCUCACUUUCUGGUACUGGGAUGCGUUUCGGUGAUGGAUUGGAGAUGUUCAAUUGUAAUUGGUUGGAUUGUGGACAGCCAAUGCAUGAUCAAUAUGAAUGGCAUAAACAUUUUCAUCAGGAGCAUAUCGAUCCACAAUUUACCUUCAAUUGCCCAAUGCCUUCAGGAUCUUGUCAUACACCACUCAACUCAAAUCCUUUAGAUCAUUUGCAAAUGAAUCAUGGCUUUACCUUUGAUGAAAAUCUCAAUGGAUUUCCUUGUCCUGCUCCUGGAUGUCUUGCGGAUGAGAUGUAUUGUGAUCCUUCAAUGCUUCACAAUCAUAUGGAUCAAAUGCAUGCUAUACCUUUACAAGGGCAAUUACAGUGUCAAAUUGAUUCUUGUAAUACUUCAUAUCAAGAACCAAAUCAAUUCUUCAAUCAUUUAAAUCAUGAUCACAAUUUACCGAUUCCAAUGACACCUGUUGAGGAAAUUGAUCUUUCUAGUAUAUCAAUGCCAGAAGCAAAGGCAUCAGAAGAGGUAGAAGAAGAGAUCGCUCCAUUGGCGAAGAACGAAAGAUCAGAAUCGCAUAAUCAUCUAUCUUGCAAAUGGUUAACCAACACACAUCUUUGCGGUCAAGUAUUUAGAUCAGAAAGUGGUCUUCAAACUCACGUCAAGGAUUUUCAUUUGUCUGCUUUGAACAAAACUUCAGGCUAUUUUUGUAAAUGGCAAGGUUGUUCUCGAAAGCAUAAAAUGGGUGAGAAGGAAGGGUUUUCACAAAGAGGAAAACUCGAAAGACAUAUGGCGAGUCAUACAGGGUGUAAGUUUCAUUCUUUUGGAUAGGUUUACAAGACUGACAAGUUUUAAAUAGUCAAGGAAUGUACGUGUGACUAUCCUGGUUGUGGAAAAUCAUUCGCGGCGGCUCAAUCAUUAAAACAACAUUACCGUCUUCAUACUGGUGAAAAACCAUGGAAAUGCAAAUACUGUCCAAAAUCCUUUCCUCAGCAAAGUGCAUGCACAGUUCAUGAACGCAUACACACUCAAGAAAAACCUCUGGUUUGCAAUGUCUGUGGAAAGACUUUUAGCGAAUCGUCAAAUUUAGCAAAACAUAGAAAGACUCAUGGGGAGAGAGGUCAUUAUGAGUGUCCAGAGUGUCCAAAGACAUUUCAUAGGUUGGAUCAGUUAAAAAGACAUGGGGAGAUGCAUGAGAGAAGAAAGAAGAGAUUUAUUAAUGGUGAGGGUGGUGAUGGUGAAGAGGGAAAGAGUGAGAUAACAGAAAGUAUCGCGACGGAAAGUUUGAUUGAUGGGGUUAGUGUGAGAGGUGGUGAUGAGAAUUAGGACGUGAUGACUUAUGGAUGAUGGGGGUGAUAGGAAUUGAAAAGAUGAUUAUUGUAAUUAUUCUAACGAGAGACAAAGAUUAUGAUUUACGAUUCAUGACUUAUGAAUCAGGGGGUAUGGUGUGGGUGGG